AUGGAAAAGCACCUCAGGCUCAACCCAAUACCUUCAACGCAAACUCCAACAACUUUCGUAGAGGCCGAUGCAAACGCAUUCAAAGACCUGGUCCAGAAACUCACGGGGUUCACCAACGACACAGAGAAGCUCCCCGUUACUCUCUCUGGAAGGGUUUCCACAAAAACAUCCUCACACGGCGGUGACCACCCAACGCCUCCGCGCCAUCCACCGUUCAAGCUCCAAGAACGUAGGCAACUACACAACAUGAGAAAGCUCGGUCUCGCCACUCUACGUAACUCCCCAAGUGAAUGCGCCCGCUUCUGCCAAGCCCUCCAGCUUGAAUCGCCGGUGACACCGCUAGGCUCGUCUGAAUCACUCUUUUACUCGAGUUCUGGUACUGUAUCACCAUCUCCUCCAGCGGUUUCGGAAGAGGAAAAGUCGAUUACAAAGAAGGGUUUUUACUUGCACCCAUCAACAUCAAAUACACCAAGAGGAAGCCGAUUACCGCAGCUCUUGACUCUUUUUCCACUAAGUUCACCUCGUCAGGAAAAACGAGAUUAG